UCUAAUUAAUCUGAGAGCACUCAUCCACACACUGUUAACUACACACCGGUGGCUGUUCAGAAAUUAAUUUGUAGUCCCGUUGACAAUAGAUUAAUCAAUACAUUUAAAAAUUAACAGAAAAACGGUUUGUUCAGAAUCUACAGGCUCACGAACAGUCUACCUGUCCGUGUGGUAUAUUAAAUCUUCGUAGAUCUGAAAGGAGAAUUGGACAUUUAGUCUUUUAGCCAUCAUAGCCCAAAGAAGAAGCUGUAAUGGACUUCUUUUUGAAUUUCCACAAGUGGUUCAGUCUGAUUUGACAGAUUUUUCAUUUAUUUAUUUUUUUACCCGCACUCUCACAAACAACGGCAAACUAUUCACCACCAGCAGCAGGCAGGCUCCAUAACACAGGGCACCUGCUGUGUGUGACUGACCAUCCAGGUGAUCUAUGUAAACCUGGAAGUGGCUCGCCUCCCUCUAUACCCGGGCAUGUGUGUGAUCUGGAGUGCGGCGCCAGGCCCUUUUGGCUCCGAUUUCCAACUCCAGUCCGCCUGCCUCAGCCCUGCGCAGUCAACCGUCAGCAGCGCCACUGGGUGCAGGGAUAUCCCGAUGAAGGGGGGAGACUGUUCGGGGUGAAGAAUUCAGGCGAGGGUUUACUACACACUCGUCCAUCAGGGGGUGAAGGCAGUAGCUUGAUUAACCAUCACUCAAAGACAAAAGGCUCAGAUGUCGCUGCCAUGUUCGACACUCUCACCCGAAGCAGACGAAAAACUCUGAAAGACAUCUUGUCAACUCUCUGCCCUCCAAUCGAGGAAACUUUCCGUGACUCUACUCGAAGACCCACAGCGCUUCACCAUCGCCACAGUGUGUCCACCCAGACCCCGUCCAGCAGCACCUUCCUCAUCCUCUCACAGGACUGGCUCGGCUGUCAGUAAGGUUCAUUCACAAAUGUCUACCUCACGAUUAAAAGGCCCCUCUCCAACACUGCGACCCUGAACAGGAUACAAAAUGACCUCGAGCAUUGACCAGGAUGACAGCAGUAUCUUUGAUGGGUUAAUGGAAGAAGAUGAAAAGGACAAAGCAAAACGUGUGUCCCGUAACAAGUCUGAGAAGAAACGCAGAGACCAGUUCAAUGUUCUCAUCAAGGAGCUGGGCACCAUGUUGCCGGGCAACACCCGCAAGAUGGACAAGUCCACUAUUUUGCAGAAAAGCAUCGACUUCCUGCACAAGCACAAGGAGAUCGCUGCUCAGUCAGAGUCAACGGAGAUCAGACAAGACUGGAAGCCUCCUUUUCUUAGUAAUGAAGAGUUCACUCAGUUGAUGUUGGAGGCAUUAGAUGGAUUUUUCCUUGCAAUUAUGACUGAUGGGAAUAUCAUUUACGUCUCUGAGAGUGUGACGUCCCUACUAGAACACUUACCUUCUGAUCUUGUGGAUCAGAACCUGUUGAACUUCCUGCCCGCGGGGGAGCAUUCAGACGUGUACAAGGCUCUGUCCUCUCAUAUCAUGGAAGGAGAGACGCUGACACCUGAAUAUCUGAAAACUAAAAAUCAGCUAGAGUUCUGCUGCCACAUGCUCCGAGGGACGAUCGACCCCAAAGAGCCCCCUGUGUACGAAUAUGUCAAGUUCAUCGGAAACUUCAAGUCCCUGAAUAAUGUGCCUAACUGUACCCGCAACGGUUUUGACGGAGUGAUUCAGCGAUCGCUUCACUCUGCCUUUGAAGACAGAGUGUGUCUCAUAGCUACCGUGAGGCUUGCCAAACCACAGUUCAUCAAGGAGAUGUGCACUGUAGAAGAGCCGAAUGAGGAAUUCACCUCCAGGCAUAGUUUAGAAUGGAAGUUUCUCUUCUUGGACCACAGAGCUCCACCCAUUAUAGGUUAUCUCCCGUUUGAGGUCCUGGGUACUUCAGGCUAUGACUAUUACCACGUAGACGACCUGGAGACUCUGGCCAAAUGCCACGAACACUUAAUGCAAUAUGGCAAAGGAAAGUCCUGCUACUACAGAUUCCUCACCAAAGGGCAGCAGUGGAUUUGGCUUCAGACCCACUACUACAUCACCUACCACCAGUGGAACUCAAGGCCAGAGUUCAUUGUCUGCACCCACACUGUUGUAAGUUAUGCUGAAGUAAGAGCAGAGCAGCGCAGAGAACUUGGAAUUGAAGAAUCACAACCUGAUAUCACAGUAGACAAGCAGUCCCAGGAUUCAGGCUCUGAGUCCCAGCUUAACACGUCCAGCCUGAAGGAGGCUCUAGAGCGCUUCAACCACAGCCGGACACCCUCGGCCUCGUCGCGCAAAUCAUCGCACACCGCUGUGUCUGACCCAGCCUCAUCACAGAUGAAGCUUCAGGGGGACAGGGGUACACCUCGCCGUCAGUCAGUCUCUGCUGUGGAGAUGACGUCACAACGGAGAUCAUCUAUCAGCAGUCAGCAUUCGAUGAGCUCCCAAAACACAGGACAGAACUUGGCACCAUCCAUAGUUUCACAACAACAACCACAACAACAACAGCAGCAGCAACCGCAGCAACAGCAACCGCAGCAACAGCCUCAACAGCAAGAAGUUCAGACCAGCAGCCAGUCGAUGGUGCAGUUCUGCAGCCAGCUAGAGGCCAUGCAAAACCUGAAAGAGCAGCUGGAGCAGAGGACCAGGAUGAUCGAGGCCAACAUUCAGCGGCAGCAGGAUGAGCUGCGUCAGAUCCAGGAUGAGCUGCAGAGAGUGCAGGGACAGAGUCUGCAGAUGUUCUUGCAGAAAGGAGCCGGAGGACUAAAUCUGGGCUCUGUGCAGUUGGCCCAGGGGAACGCUGUGCAGCAGGGGGGAACACUCAGCAUGCAGGGCCAGGUGGUGUCUGCAGGGCCUCUGCAGAACAGCAUUCAGCAACAGCAUGCUGUCCAGCCCCAGUCGCAGCAACAAACACUCCUACGGGAACAGAGCACCGCACUCUCACAGUCUCAGCGGUCGUCUCUCACCCUGCAGCCUCAGCCUGCAUCCCUCUACAACACAAUGAUGAUCCCUCAGCAAAGCUCCACCAACAUGGUCCAGAUCGCAACGAGCCUGGCUCAGAAUGCUGGACCCAACACUCCCGCUGUGGCUACAUUCGCACAGGACCGUUCAGCUCAGAUUAGGUUUCCUGCAGGCCCUCAGCUGCUCACCAAGCUAGUAACAGGGCAGAUGGCAUGUGGGGCAGUCAUGGUCCCUACAACAAUGUUUAUGGGUCAAGUGGUGACGGCCUUUGCUCCUCAGCAGGGCCAAACCCAGACCAUCAGCAUUUCUCAGCAGCCGCAGCAGCAGCAGCAGCAGCAGCAGCCGCAGCAGGAGCAGCAGCAGGUACAGCAGCAGUCACAGGUCACUGCCAUGCAGCCAGGGCAGGCUCCACUGGCCCAGCAGCAGACACAGUUCCUACAGUUUUCUUCAUUGGUAGCAGCCACAGCUCCUCGGCUUCUUCAUGGAAACCAGUCCACCCAGUUGAUCCUGCAGGCAGCAUUCCCUCUUCAGCAGCAGGGUGCCUUCACUGCCACAACGCAACAACAACAGCAGCAGCAACAACAACAACAGCAGCAACAACAACAGUUACAACAACAACAACAACAACAACAACAACAACAACAACAGCAGCAGAAGCAGUUACAGCAGCAGAAACAGCAGCUGGCCCCUCACAGGGCGGAUAGUUUGUCUGAUCGCUCUGCGUCACAGCAACAGUAGCUGGCUGCAGCCAAUCAGAAGAGGACUGAGUCACACCCAGACGUGGGUGUCUUUGUGACGGGGAUCUAAAGAGGAGUUCUGCUGGAAGUGCAGCACUGACACCAGGCCUCAGUGGCUGAGAGGUGAUUGGACGGGCAGGCCGCGGCUUCCCUCCCCUCACAAGGAUCUUUUGCUGUUUGCACUUUACUCCUGAGCACAGAGUGAUGCAGAGAACCGGACUGGGCCCUCUGUGGCUCCGGCAGAAGGCUCAAAGCCUUUUCUCCAAGAGAACAGGGAGCCACAAUCCCUGUAAUGGACUCCCCCUCACACCCCCCCGUGGGCCUCUCCCUGUGUGUGUGUGUGUGUGUGCGCGCGUGUGUGUGUGUGCGUGCGUGUGUAUGUGUGCCCUCACAGGAUUAUUUUAUGCAGAGCUCUCCAGUCAAUGCAGCGAAGCUUCUAUCAAGCAUUAUGGACGUCCUGCAGAACAGCCAGAGGCGUGUUUGUUUUGGAUGUUUUCUCCUAUUCUUGUUUUUCAUGUAAAAAAAAAAAAAUAUAUAAUGACGAGUCAGAAAAUAUUUUUAAGAAUGUGGUGUAGAUUGAACUUUUACUGUACAGAACAUCAUGUGUAAUAUAUAAUGUAAAUAAUAUGAAAAAGAAAGAACUAAUAUUUUAUAUGAUGCAUGAAAUGAAAUGCGUAGUCUGUUCUUUGCAGCUUUGAAUAUGCUUUUUUUCUAGUACUCUCAGAAAAAAAGAUCUUAAAAUGCUCAGCGGCUGAUAUUUUCACAGACGUCCUUCCUACUAUGGGAUGCGUUUGUGUGUCUGCACAGUAGACGAUGCCGAUGUUGCUUGUCGUGUCACAGUUUGUUUAAUCCUUUACCCACAUAUACACAGAAUUUCAUAAAAAAAAAA